AUGGAGCACGAUAAAUCGACAGAUGCCACUAACACCACCACCACUACCUCGGCAGCUCCUAAACCUAUCCCACCACUGACUCGACCAGAGGCUCAUGCACAGACAGGCCACAAAACAGUCAAGAGCUUUCUCAACAAGCUACAAGGCCAACCAGAUUCGUACACUCGUAAACAGAACUAUACAUUUGGCAAGACUUUGGGUGCAGGCUCAUUCGGAAUUGUGAGAUAUGCAAGAGAUAACACUACAGGCGAGGAUGUUGCAGUCAAAAUUAUUUUAAAGAAAGCACUCAAGGGCAACGAGGAAAUGAUCUUGGAUGAAAUGGGAAUGCUUGAAGAAUUACACAAUCCACAUAUUGUAGGGUUCAGAGACUGGUUUGAAAGUAAGGAUAAGUUUUACCUUGUUACGCAGUUGGCCACUGGUGGCGAAUUGUUUGAUCGUAUUGUACAGCAAGGAAGGUUUACUGAGCACGAUGCCAGCUUGGUUGUGCAACAAAUGCUUGAUGCUUUAAACUAUUUACACUCGAAAGAUAUUGUGCAUAGGGAUAUCAAGCCAGAGAAUGUAUUAUACUUGACGCCCGCAGAUGACAGCCCCAUAGUCUUGGCAGAUUUUGGUAUUGCCAAAAGACUACAAUCUCCCAAGGAGAAGUUGACGUCACUGGCUGGUUCAUUUGGAUAUGCGGCACCUGAAGUAAUUUUGGGUACCGGCCAUGGUAAACCAUGUGACAUUUGGUCACUCGGUGUAGUCACCUACACACUUCUUUGUGGCUACUCGCCAUUUAGAUCGGAAAAUGUUUCAGAUUUCAUCAACGAAGUAAAACACAACAAUGCUGUGAUAUUCCAUGCCGAUUACUGGAGAGAUGUAUCAAAAGAUGCAAGGCGAUUCAUUAUCAAGGCUUUACAAUAUGACCCAGAAAGGAGACCCACGGCAGAACAACUCCUUAACGAUCCAUGGCUCGUAUCGAUUGCCGAACAACACAAGGAAUGCGAUUUGUUACCAUCUUUGAAAGCAAACUUUGAUGCCAAGGCUAAAUUUAGACAAGCUAUCGAAGUUGUUAAAUUACACAAUAGAAUCAAGAAAUUAAAGGAAAUGCAAACUGAAAAUGAUGACGAUCCAAGCGAAAUUGAUUUAUUCAAUGAAAAGGGAAACAUUAGCAACAAAAAGGGGGAUGACGAAAAAGAUGCCGCCGCUGCACUGGCAUUGUCAAAUUGGAAAAAGUUUAAUGAUAGUUUACCUCGUGCCGGUGACACUACAAUCUCCAAUGCCUCGCUUACCCCUUCGAAGCCGCAACUGCAGCUGCUGAACAAGACCGUAGCUGCUGGAAAUGCAUUUGCACAACUAGUACAAGCUGCCACGCAGAAUAAGGAGAGGGUUAUGACUUUCAAGGAAGAGAAAGAAAAGGAGGAACAGUAA